AGGAAAUGUAAACCGUACCAGAUGCCCCUGCGUCCCAGACAAUGUCUUAUCCCCUGCUUGAGCUCACCGACGUCGAUCGGGGGCGGACUGAUUGACAAAAGACGAAUGACGGACAAUCUCUUAUGAUGGCCGGAAAUCCCGCGGCAAACGAGCUCAGGCGGUCAGCAUCCGAGAGCGGCGAUCAGGGGAGCUGGUGACGAGACGCUGAUCCAGUCAGACAUGUGACCCCAAGGAAAACCAAUCGUCGUGCCUCAGCUGUCGAAGGAGAGCUUGAUUGCAUGCACGCUUUGCUCCGAACAACCGUCUCAUGCACAAGGCCGAGGCAGAUGGCAAUGACGGCAAGCCCCAGAAGAGCCGGGCUGACUGUCAGAAGUCACAUGCACUCAGUUUGGCAGACAGCGUGCGAGCGAACGAGGAGGCGAGCGUGUAACGUGAACUCAACCUAAAUUUCGCAAGAGUGGAUGAGCGAGCGGGCCCGUUGGGGAUCGUACAUCAAGCUGAACGAAGCCGUGCCUUGCUCGCACACCUACCUGCCUGAGCACGACGCUUCUUGUGCUCAAGUGCACAUCAUGGCUGAAGCCGCACAGCACGUGCAAGAGCCAUCCCCUCAUACUGAAGACACGACCAUGCAGGAAGCCUCGGCGGACUGCUCUGCCGUGCAAACACUCAAGGAGACCUUCACUCGCAUCGACUCGACGUACACUCGCUGCAAGACCAGCUUGAGCGUCUACCUGACCUCCGUCACCUUUGCAACCACUCAGGCCGAUGCUCACGUGCACACCUCAUCUGCACCUGUGGCUGAUUCGGCACCUCAUGCGCCACACAAGCCAGAGUGCAAGCUCAUCAGGCCGACACCAGACAACGCACAGACGGCUCUCACACAGGCCGAUAGAGCGCUGGCCCAUCAGAUUCCUUCGGCAACUCCUGUCAGUACAUUCACUCACCCCAACAGAUCAUCGAACAAGACCCGCACCCAGCAAGAGGAGUCAUCGGAUCUAUGGAGCAACGCACUCCAGCAAGAUCUUGCUAUCCUCUCGAGCGACUUGCAGGCCUUUGCCCUCGCUGCAGAGUCACUGUCGCUCUCCCUCAAUCUCUGCGAGUCAAGCUGGGACCACAACGGCCUCACACACACUCAAGAGCUGCUCGAGUCCAUCGGUCUCGAGCUUUGGAACCGAGCCAUCUCACUCAAGAACACAAGCAUCGAAUCAUGCGAGGUCAAGACGAUCUGCGCUACCAUCCGUCGUACUGCAUUCUACUCAAUACAAGCGCUCUAUGCACUCCAUCGCGCAUCGAAACACACUUUGAUCGCUAGCGCGCAAGAUGUCAGCCAGGUACAGGCGGAUUACGAUCGUCUCGAACAGCGUCAAGUCAUUCGUUUGCUCGAGACUGCGUCGCACACGGCUAGCGCACUCAAAGCGUCGGGUCAGGCCCAUGCAGCUUCGUUCUUACUUGAGCGAGCUGCGCAGUACUGCGAGGUCAUUGAAACGCAGCAUCACUGCAAAGCCGCCCAUUCGACCGUCGGACUGACUAUGACCACAGACCAUGACGGGUGCCUUUCAAAAGUCAGGAACUCUUAUCAAGCCGAGCAUGCGCAUCUCAGUGUCCGCCAUUCUUCGGCCUACGAGACACAAGCCCAGACUGCAGCUUCAAAAGCCUUGCUGCUCUUUCACUGCACUCGUGCCGAAUUCGCAUGGGAGGCUCACAAAGUCGAUCUGACCUUUCACAUGCUCUGCAAGGCUGCAGCAGAGGAAAUUCUCAAGCACUGCACGAUGAUCGAGAUCGAGCGUCUCGGUCGUCUGACGCUCACUUGCGGUCUCGAGCUGCUCAAAGUAGACAUGUCGCGCGAGAAGGCAUUCGACUUUCUCAAGCUUGCCAACACCGUCCUUGACUGCCCUGCUGCUCACCAAGUCAACGCGCUCUCUGUGCUCAAGGUUACCGCAAUGCGCGCUUACGCAUCUUCCCUGGGUCCAUCAACCUCGACCUCUGAUGCACAGCGCAUCGAACAGGCCGAGACGACUAUCAAAACUCUCGUUCGCGAUUCUCCAAACUUCGAUACUUUUCGAACUUAUCUGCAAUGGCUCAUCGUUCGUCGCGGCAAAGAUGGAGAUAUACUGCAAGUCUUUGAACAGGCUUGUCAUGCUAUGCCAACGACAGAGAAUGCAGUAGAGCAGCUUCUGCAAGACACACAAGGCAUCAUCAAGCGCCCGCUGAAGUUGCAGCUUCUCGUGUGCCUACUUCGCGCUGCUGUCCAGAAGGGCGCCACGCACGCCACCGGCUCGGCACUCCUCGCUUGUCUCUUCUUCGUCAGAUACAAAGACCUUGAUUCCGUCCAUCAGAUUUUCGAUGUGAUCAACAGCGAAUCCCGUGGCAAGCUCGAGCAUGACACCGCACUGGCCUGUCAGAGCCGACUGUGGCAGCUUGGCGAUAAAUGCUACCACGAGGACGACAUUGCCACCGCUGCUUGCUGGUACGAGAAAGCUGGCAACGAUAUCUUUGCCGCUUCUGGCCGUGCAAAGCAAGUCAAAAGCCUCCGCAAAUCUGCCAUAUGUCAUCUGCAUCUCAGCGAUCACAAGAAGGCCGAAGAACUCAUGCGCGCAUGUGGCGAACCAGACGAGGCUGGUCACUUCAAUGCCAAGCUUCUGGCUGCCAUGCUCAAGGGCAACCCGCGCGAGACAUCAGAAAAUCUACGUCGCAUGAUGGACUCGGGUGACUUUGAUCAGCACAGUCUGGUCUGGAUCUAUCGAAUGGCUUUCGACCUCGAGCAGAACAAUGUCGUUGGCCAGGUUCUCAGCGCCAUUGGUAAGAUGUGUGCACGCUCUUUGCACGGACCAGCUGCUGCGGAGCUCUUGACGACUUUGCGACACCUGAUCGAUGUCACAGCAGAGCGUCUGGACUCGGUCCGUGGGCUCGAUCACAAUGACCUGCUCGGAAAGGCUGUAGCAUUCUUUGAGGCAGGCAUCAGUGUCGUUAAACAGAUCGAGGGAACCGCCAAGGAUAUUUCAGACUGCAACAAAGAGCUCCACUGGAUGCAUCAGCAGGCCGCAAAGCUUUGCGAGCAGUACGCAAACGUCCUCGACAAACCCACCAUGUGCCUCUUGUACGAAACCACUGCCAAACUCACCGAGCGCGUGCUCGUACAUGAGACCAAUGCUUCGCGCAAAAGCAAGCUCAAUGAACAGCUUCUCAUCUCAAAGUUCGCUCUUGCAGCUCUCAAGGUCGGCAACAUUGGACCUAAUGACGAGUUGCCUUUGCAAGAAGCUCAGCAGAGCGAUGAGAUGAUUUCCACGAUCACGACGCACAUCGAACAGGAGCAACAGAUCGAGCAAUCGCCUGUCAUCGAGCGCGUCUACAGUGCCCUGCAAGUACUGAUCUUCAAGAUCCGCGCAGCCGCAGCAGAAUGGGAGCGAAUGCUCGCCUGCAUGAAUCAUUGCAUGCAGCUCAAAGCAGCCUGGCAGAUCACCGCCGCUAUGGCAGACUUUGCCCUGCAGAAAAAGCUACUGCCCGGCGAAGUGCUCGCAAACAUUAUGCAGCUCACCAUGCAAGCUCAAGUUUCGUCCGGACAUCUUGACAUUGCUGCUUUCUCACGCUGGCUUCAUGCUACCGUCGCCAUCUUGACCUUGGCGUGUCAGCUCGACAAAUCGUACGAGUACCUUGUCCAGGCGCUCGAGGUCAUGAAGCAAUCCGACGAAGGCGCAAUCCCUCAAGAAGAGCGCGACUGGAUCAUUACGACGACGUGGAACAUGGGUCUCACGCUCUCACACAACAAGGAGAAGCUCGUAGAGGCAAAGAAAUGGUGCGAACUUGCCCUCGCAAUGGCCAAGCUCAGCAAAGACCAGACCCAGUACGAGACGAUGAUGCACACCUAUGAAAACGAGGUCGCGAAACGCUUCGAGACCCGCGUCUACGAAACUGUGACCACUUACACGACCGUGCGCGAUGAGGUCACGGGCGAGGAGACAACGCGCGAGGAAAAGGUAACACGCGAAGUGACGAAGGAAGACAAGAGCGCUACUGGCGGCCAGAACCAGAGUGGGUACACAGUCGGCUGCGAGAGUUCACAGCAAGUGUCGCGCACGAGCUCGUAUCAGGUUCAGCGCGUCGAGACCCACAGUGAAGGCCAGGUGACAGGCGAGCAUAUGCAAGGCGGUCAGUCAAAAGGCUGUCAGAUCCAGGGCACGUACGAACAAGGCAACAAAGUCCAGAGUGGCUAUGCUGUCGGCGACAGUCACAUGGAGCAAUCGCUUUCCACUUUGACGUUCCCAAGUCCUCGUCAGGUAACGACAAGCACUGGCCAUCUCGAGGAAGUAGACGAAUGCAACAUGCAAGCCAGCGAGUGGUCUUCGCGCGGCGGUCACAUCUCUCCGCCCUCCUCUACGACUACGGCCAGUAGCUCGCCUACGAUUACGCGUAUGACGACAUCGGUCGUCUCGAGCAUCAGUCAGCCCGAGUAUGUCACGACAUCUACGCGCAACCUUUGCGCUGGCGGAUACAGCGGCAAUCGCGCUCGAAAUUACAGCGUAGACACCCAGAGCAGUCUCAGCACGACUGCUGCAGGUCUGAGCGAGGAGCGCUGGACUGUCACGCCCUUCAAGCCUCAAUGAAUAGGCUGGAUGUAAAGAAUGCAGCGUAGAUGUCUGGCUA